AGUGAAUUUCGGAACGCAGCCAGUAUGUAUGGCUAGCUAACUUAUUGUGCUAGUUCAGCAAUGCAGUUAAAAAGAAUAGAGCAACUGUCUGCUAACAGAAAUGAUAGAAAUAGAGAAACGUCAUAUUCAAUAGAAAAACGUCUACAUACUCUAACACGUUAUAAUUUAUAAACAUCAGUGUGAUACAUAUAAGAAACAGAAGAGGAAGCAGAAGACAAUAAAUGACUUUGAAAUUCUAAUGACACCCAACAUUUGAAAAUUUCUUAAAUGGUGUAUAAAAUCAUCAUAAAAAUAUAGUGUUGGAUAGUUUGGUUCCAUUCUUGCUGGGUGCAGAGGUUACUUUAGCCUGCCACAUCACGAUUAUCCCAUAUACAGGAUCAACAAUAUAUAGCAAAUUGAAGUAUUUUGUAUCAGCAGGAUGCUAAUUACAAACAAUACCAGACUAAUGAUUCUUAGCAAAUAUCUAACCCGGAGGAGUUAUUUGGAUAACACGUACUGUUACUUGAAAACCUAUCGGGACAAUUAUAAGCACCUGGUCCAGGUGUUUGGUUAUUCUACAAAAUUCGACACCAAGGACAAAAAACUACCUGUUGAUUCAAGAGUCGAGGCGCUGCGUGAAAAAUUGAUAUAUUGCGAUCAUCUGGAUCGCGAUCGAGUAAGGCCGGGUAUUCUGAAACGUUUUUUAAGAAAUAAGCUUGCCAAGAAUAUCGAAAAGGAAAUGCAAACUUGGAAACUCGUUCAUGACCCCGUCUAUAGCGUAUUAUUGGACACGGGUGAGAAAAACGACGUAAGCUUGCAAGGAAAUCAAGAAGAAGAAGUCUCUGACGCGAGUUCGAGGAAAGACGUAACGAGGCCUGUACAUAUGCCGUACGCUAGCACAGAUAAGUACAGUAACGUAAACAUAGCCGCGGAUAAUUCCAUUGAAGUAGAUUUCAACGAGAGCACAUUACCAUUGAAUGAGAAGUACAAAAGCCUCUAUGAGAAAUAUCUAAUAGCGAAGAACAUCCUCGAGGAGAACACCGGCGAAGAUCUCACGCUGAAUGAAUAUAUGGAGAAGAAAGGGAUAAGCGUAUCUUAUAAGACCGAUCUGUCGAAUGUUCCGACCAAUUGGAUGACCGACUACGAGCAAUUCGAUGACACAUUAAAUGAUGAAACGUGGCUUAAUAACUACGGCACCCCGGAUCCGAACUCCAGAGUCAGUCCCGUGCCAUGCGGCGGUUGCGGUGCUUUAUUGCACUGCAAGGAUCAUGCUUUACCGGGCUACCUGCCAUCGGAGCUCUUCCUGAAAAAGAACAUAUCUGAGCUACGGCUCAUGAUCUGCCAGCGGUGUCAUUUUAUGAAGUAUUAUAACGCUAUGCUGGAGGUGAAAGUGUCGCCGGAUAAGUUCGUGGAGUUGAUCAAAGUCAUCAAGACGAAGAAGUGCGCCGUGAUCUUGAUGGUCGAUCUCACGGACUUCCCGUGCAGUAUAUGGCCGGAGAUCAAAAGUGUGCUACAUCCUCGAACAUUAGUGUUCGUCGUGGGCAACAAGGUGGAUCUGUUGCCUCAGGACUCGCCGAAAUUCUUCACUCACGUUAAGGAGUGUCUGUCGAAGGCUGUGGAAAACACUGGAAUCAGUAAGGAGUAUAUCAAACAUGUAGCACUUAUAUCGGCUAAAACCGGCUACGGUAUAGAAGAGCUCAUUAAUAAACUUCACAAUCUCUGGAAGUAUAAAGGUGACGUUUACGUAAUCGGAUGCACCAACGUGGGCAAGUCCUCGCUGUUCAAUACUCUGUUACAAUCCGAUUAUUGCAAAGUGCAAGCCGUGGAUCUUAUACAACGCGCAACCGUAUCCCCCUGGCCAGGCACAACUUUACGUCUACUGAAGUUUCCCAUUCUAAACCCGCAGAGGUGGCGGCUGUACAUGAGGAUGAUGCGUUUGCAAGAAGAGAAGCAGCAGUUGCUGGCCGAACAACAAAUCAGAGUCGAGCAGUUCAAGCAGUCACGGAAUUUGAAAUACGUCACGUUGCAAAGUCGCAUCGGCAAAACGUUUCAGCCGAAAUCUAAACUUCAGCAAACGAAAGAUCCAUUCGCUAUGGAGAAAUACACGGCGAACACGCAAAACUUCGGCUUCGACGAGACAAAGGAGGAGUUCAAGUAUAGCCGAUGGUGUUAUGACACUCCGGGCACUAUUCAGCCAGAUCAAAUCCUGGAUUUGUUGACGACCGAGGAGCUAUUGUCGGUUUUGCCGAAACAAAUAAUCAUACCGAGAACGUUCAUUUUGCACCCAAACCAGACGAUAUUUCUGGCUGGGAUUGGCAGACUGGAUUAUCUGGAGGGCUGCGACUAUAUCAGAUGUACGAUAUUUGCGAGCACUGAGUUACCGAUUACUAUGACUUUAACCGCGGACGCAGAUGAUGUGUACAAUGAAUUAUUGAACACGAAAGCCUUCGUCGUGCCUGAGAAUGAUUCGGACCGACUGAAACACUGGCCGGCGUUAGGAUCUAAGGAGAUGAAAGUCACUGGCAUCGGAAGGAACAUAUCGGUCGCCGACGUUGUUUUAUCCAGUGCAGGAUGGAUGGCGAUCAGCGUCAACAUGGAUGAUACUGUCUUAUUAAGAGCGUGGAGUCCGCAAGCACGCGGUUUACAUCUCCGAAUGCCGGCGCUCUUGCAGAAAACCGUUGCCCUGCGCGGCGAUAGAAUUUUUAAUCUGCCGACAUAUAAGAUAGGACAAGCAGCGUUUACAAAAUAA